CACCGCGACAACGGCGUCGAGCAGCCACGGGCAAGCAUGUCAGCGUAGCCAGGCAGCCCAUCUGACUGCUUCAUUCCCGUACAAUCCGCAAAAGGAGUUGCGAGCAUCAUGCAUGCACCAGCACCGGCACAGCCUAGGCGAAUCUGGGAAGUGCCUGAGCGGCCUACGCCAGCCUAUAUAGCUCCCUUUGCAGACUACAGCAGCAUAUCGAGCAUUCCUCGUAAUGCGCUCAUUAUCGACAAUGGCGGAAGCGAGAUCCGAGCAGGCUACGCCAGUCAGCAAGACCCUUACGUCGCUGUGGAGAGCCUCGUCAGCAAGUACAGAGAGCGCAAACGGAACCAGGUCGUCAUGCUUGCGGGAGAUGCCACGUUCGUAGACAACCUCGCAAAGACGUCCAUCAAAGCACCCCAUGAAGGCACAGACGUGGUCUGCAACUUUGACGCCAUGGUGACUCUGCUCGAUCAUGUCUUCAUCAAGCUCGGCGUCAGUUCGAGCAACGACAGGAUAGAGAUGCCCGUUGCAAUGACAGAGCCAUUGUGCAACUUGCUAGCAGCACGCGCAGGUGUGACUGAGAUCAUGUUUGAGGCCUACAAUGUGCCAUCACUGACCUAUGCUGUCGACUCUCUCUCUGCAUUCUACCAGUCCGGGGCCAGCAGGGACGGGCUCGUCGUCUCGAGUGGCAACGCAUCAACUCAGAUUGUACCCGUGCUCGACGGACAUGCGCGGCUCGAUCAUGCCAAGAGAGUAUCCUGGGGAGGAGCCACCGCUGCCUCUCACAUUCUCAAACUAACACAGCUCAAAUAUCCUGGCUUUCCGACUCGAGUAUCGUACGGCCAAGCAUGGUCACUCUUUCAAGAGCACUGCUAUUUCUCGUUGGACUAUAAUCGAGAAAUCCGAGACCUGGCGAGCCCUAGCAAGCUCGUCGCUGCCGAUCGCGUCAUCCAGUUUCCAUUCGUCAUCGAGACGGUCGAGGAGAAGUCGGCAGAGGAUCUCGAAAGACUGGCCAAGCAGCGCAAAGACCAGGGGAAAAGGCUGCAAGAGCAGGUCGCGCGGCACCGCCUCGAGAAGCUCGUCCAGAAAGAAGCGGAUCUAGCUAGCUUUCUGGAAUUACGACAGCUCGGUCAAACGAUGCCAAAGAAAGACUACCAGCGUGCAUUGGAAGCCCAGUCUUUCUCAGACACUGCAGAGCUAGAUGAAGAGAUCAAGAAGAUAGAAGCUACCUUGCAACGAGCGAGAAAUAAAGAUAUGGGCAUCGAUCCUGACGAAGGCAAAGAGCCGCCUGACUUUUCGCUCGUCGAUGUGCCGGACGACCAGCUAGACGAAGAUGGCAUCCGAGAGAAACGCAAACAGCGGCUCAUGAAGGCUGGCUUUGAUGCUCGUAUACGCGCCAAAGCAGAGAAGGCGGCAGAGAUGGAGAAGCAACUCAAACAAGCCAAAGAAGAAGAGGCAUUCAGAUUGGCACAUCCCCAGCAAUGGGCUGCGGGUCUGAGGUCACAAUACGAAGCGCUUGUGAACAAGAUGAAGGACCGCAAGAAAGCGCGAACGCAGAUGCACGAUCGCAAAUCUAUCGCUUCUCAGGCUAGGAUGAAAAGUAUUGCCAACCUUGCUGCCGAUUCUCCUGCUACCAAGAAGCGGAAGAUCAAAGGAACAGACGACGGCUUUGGUAUGGACGAUAAAGACUGGCAAGUCUACAGAGAGAUCACGACUGCGGACGACUCAGAAGAUGAAGAGGAUGAUGCUGAACGGUUGCGCGAGCUCGAAGGACAGCUCAUUCUGCACGAUCCGACUUUCACCGAUGAGCAUACUGUCAAAGUCAGAGAGCACCGCAAGCACACACUUUUCAACGCUUUCCUGCGCGGCAUGGCACCAGACGAUCAUGUCGAUUCACUCAAACUCGACGAUCCCGAGCAAGCUGCUCAGCUUCAUCUCAACGUCGAAAGAGUUCGAGUGCCCGAAGUCUUGUAUCAGCCUUCGAUAGCUGGUCUUGACCAAGCCGGCUUGCUCGAAGUCAUCCAGAAUAUAUUGCAACACUUUCAACCCCACGAAAGAGAGCGACUCAUCUCUAACGUAUUCGUGACGGGCAGGAGCAGUCUAGUGCCAAAUUUUGACGAGCGAUUGGCGAGCUCAUUGACGGCUUGCUUACCUGUCGGUGCUCCGCUAAAGGUCAAACGAGCUGCGGACGUUCGCUACGAUGCCUGGCGAGGUCUGCGCAAGUUCUCGCAAACAGAUGCCUUCCAAGCGGCCGGGAUCACUCUGGCAGAUUACCGAGAAUGUGGUGCAGAGUAUCUUCGCGAACACGAGCUUUCGAAUGCAUUCAAAAGGCUGAGCACUUAGCCGUGUAUAUCUUGUUGUAGAUCUGUUGCGACGCGAUGCAUUGCAUCGAUCCAAGUGAACACGCUGUGCUUUCUCGCGCCUGACAGAUACUUUGCGUGACUGAGGAUGGGCAAACGUCGGAGUGCGCGUCCGGAUAAACCACGACAUGCAUGUGCGAGCUUGACGAGAGAGCGGCU